GUCGACACCACUCCCUAAGUAAGUCACGUGAUGAGUAAAUAUUUGUUAUUUACUUUCAUAUUCUUAGAAUAAUUGUUAUUACUUUCAUAUUCUUAGAGUCUUUGUUACGAAAACUUAGAUUGAGUUUGCCACGCUGUCAGCCUCAUAUCGCGACGUUUCCUAGUCUAUAUUUGCCAUAAAAUUCAGAAAUGAGCUCUGUAGCUACUUCCCAGUUAAAGCCCAUGCCAUCAUCUGUUGAUGAAUUUAUAGCAGAAUAUGAAACGAUUAAGAAGCUUGAUGAAAACUCAGAACCAACUCCCAGAGCAUUACUAUAUAGUUUCAUUUUGUCAAGUUCCGCUAUCCAACGCCAUUCACAAUUUGCCAUGAUUUUGCUUGUUGGAACUAGUGGAUGUGGUAAAUCAUCAACAAUAAAUCAUUUACUGGAUUCCGGACAUGGAACUCCUGUUGCAAAGACAAGUAAUAAAAAAUCAGCCACAAAAAAGACAUCUGAAUACAUUCUUACUUUCGACGAACCGAAUUAUGAAGUUUGUGAUUUAGUUAUGAGUAUUAUUGAUACCCCUGGCUUCAAUGAUAGCGGUGGCGUUAAACAAGAUGCAUGUAAUUUUGUAUCUAUUCAACAAUAUUUUAAAACGCAUCCGAGAUUUCAUGCGGAAACAAAGAUUUUUCCAAAUCUUGUGUUCUUUGUUGCAAAAGCUGAUGACACGAGAAUGAUAGGGACUGAUUCCCAAAUUUUGAAAUCUUUGAGAGGCAUAAAGUUGUUGGAUGUCGUUGACAUCAGUCAUCCAAAUCUCGUUGUGAUCUUAACAUUUGUUUGUUCUGUUGGCUUCAAGAAUCCAGAAAGAUGGCAAGUAAGGAUGCAGGAAAAGAAAAAGCUUGUGUCCGAUUUGGUUUUUCAAAUUCUAGGAAUCAGGGCGCCUGUUGUACUGGUAGAAAAUGAUCCCUUAGAAGACUUCGAACUUGAAAAGGAUGGAGAUUUCACAAUUCUUCCCAACGGUGAACGACAGCCUCUAAACUUAUACAAUGCUUGCCUAAGCCUACUGGACAAAAGCAGAGAUGGAAAUGAAAAUAGAGAUAAAUUUGGGCACAUGGUGUUGAAUGCUGCAUUCAAACAAAAGAAAAACGAUCGACCGACAAAUGGUUAUGAAGUUAAAGCCAAAGAUUCAAACAAGGAGCCAUUAUCACAAGAGGAAUUGAAGUUAACCAAUGAAUUAAGUCAAGCUUCCAGAGGAGGUGAUACCAACCCACAUGUCAUACCUGAUAUGGAUUAUCUUAUCGAGAAUGACAUCCAAACUACACACCUAAAUCUUCACAAUGACAAUGAAGAAAACUCCAACACAAGAGUUGGUUCUACUAUAGAUCCUGAUACUAGUGAUUGGUUUUCAAUGUUUGGUGGCUACACAGAGAAGAUUGGAGCAGGUGUGCUGACUGUUAUUGGUGUUGUUGGUGCUGUUUGUGUUAUAUUUUUGGGACGACGAUAAGAUUGAUGAUAAAAGUUAACAUUAAAUGCAAAAAUGUAUGUUAACAGCAUUAUUAUACUUGUUCAAAAAUUUGAAAAGCGAGUUAGUGCAUAAUUAAAGCAUUAAAAUAUCUCGCUGAGGAAAUUUUACAAACUACUGCCAACGUAGGCAGCCACGUUUUACAAAAAUUCAACAAAUUUUUUCAACAUAACAAUUUACAUUUUUUGAAUCUAACAAAUGAAAAGUGAGAAGACUCAUUUAACAGCCAAGAUUAAUAUACUGCCUCACUGGCCUCUCAGAAAAUUGUUUUUGUUCAACAUAUUAACUAAGUGAAUUCAAACGCUUAUGUCAUACUAAAACGUGAAUGCAAAUAUUUCAUCAAAGAACACCAAUCGCUCCUUAAUAUUUUUAUCAUAAUUCUUCAGCAAUUUGAAUAGACUUUUCUAGAAAUCAUAAUCAGUUGACAAGAUAAUUCCUGUCUAACGCAGUCCACGCUGUUUCAAAUAGUUUACACUCGCAAAAAACUUACUUUUCUUCUUCAUGUGUUAAACUUUUAUGCACGAAGUAUUUUAUGCUGAAAAACUGUGGUUGCAUGUAAAUAUAUUUUCUGAAACUCAAUUUUUUACUUCGAAUAAAAGUUGUAUAUAUAGCA